CAGACAAAGUGUUGAUACAGGAUGUUGCAACUAGGUGGAAUAGCACUUUUUAUAUGAUUGAACGUUUUUUGGAGUUGAAAACGUAUGUUAACGAGGUCCUAUUCAAUAUACGAAACGAACUGACAAUUGAAAUUGGAAUUGGUCUUGCUGAACAACAUAGUUAGGAUGCUGCGCCCCCUCGAGGAAGCAACGAAAAUUAUAAGUGGCGAAAAAUAUUACACGGCCAGCAUGGUCAUUCCAAUCGUCAGUAUCCUGAAAGACAAAUUGCAAAAUCUGAAUGGCGACACAUUUGAGGCAAAAGAUAUAAAGGACUUCCUGCUUCUCGAAAUUGAUAAACGUAUGGGAUCAGUAGAGCAGGUAUCGAUUUUGGCAAUGGCCACAAUGCUUGAUCCAAGAUUCAAGAAAUUACAUUUUAAGGACCCUCAGGCAUGUGCAAAUGCAAUAAUUAAGAUCAAAUCUCAAACAAAGCCAAAUAUAAACGAUGUUGAAAAUCAGCCACCCAGCACAUCUACGAAUUCAAAUUCAUUUUGGGAUCAUUAUCAGCUGGCGCAGUCUCAUAGCCCGAAUCUGGACAUUGACGUAGAAAUGAGCGCAUAUCUGCGAAUGCCGUUAACAUCAUUCGAAAGUGAUCCCCUAAAUGCUUGGGAAGGUAUGAAAAGUACGUAUCCCAAUUUGCACCAAGUGGCGCUGAAAUUUCUGCCGGUGGUGGGAUCUUCAGUCCCCUCUGAACGCGUUUUUUCAGCGGCUGCAAAUGUGCUGACACAAAAACGAAAUAGAUUAUCACCAGAUCGACUAGUCUCAUACUUUUCCUUCAAAGUAUUGACAAAAAAUACUUCUUUUGAAUAUUUUUUUUUUAUAUAUUAUGUGCUAUGAAAGCAUACGUUUUGAAACAUACA